AUGCCGCAGCAUGAUCAGUGGGAGAGGCGUGGCUUGGAAGUAAGUGGCAGCAUUUACCUACGCCCCUCGCUGCCCAUUGGCUUUUAUGCAAUAUUAGGCUCCGCCUUGCGCGGCCCCGCAACGUUCCUUGCCUGCAACCCUUGCCAGUUGAGAGAUGGCUGCCACGGUGGUAGAUCUUCGCUGGUAGUGCUGCUCUCACGGAGUAGCAGCUGCGGCGUGCUGACUGGUGGUUUCCCUGGGCUGGGCAGCAGACAGCAGCAGCGCCGGACGGCUACAGGGCAGAGAUCUUACGGACGGAGCUACCAUCAUCUGAAAUUCUGCCAACAAGCUUCUAAGGCUCAUCAGAGACGUAAUACAUGGCAGAGUCAAAGAUUCCUCUGUUCCAAUACAGUAGUGCCCUCUGAAGAAGUUGCUGUGACGUACCAAAACGGGUUACCUGUGAUCUCCGUUAACCUCCCUUCCAGACGAGAACGCUGUCAGUUUACCCUCAAGCCCCUUUCUGACUCAGUAGGUGUGUUUCUAAAACAGCUGCAGGCAGAAGAUCGGGGAAUUGAUAGGGUUGCCAUUUACUCCACAGAUGGAACUAGAAUAGCGUCUUCAACUGGGAUUGAUAUCCUUUUACUGGAUGAUUUUAAUCUGGUCAUAAAUGAUAACACAUACACCGUACAUCCACCAAAGAGAGAAAUAUUGAGCCAUGAAGACUCUGUGACAAUGAAUGAUGUGAAGAUGCUCAUUCAGCAGUUGUAUAGCACACUUCGUAUUGAAGAACACCAGCUGCAGAAGGAACGUGAACUGAUUGAACGGUUGGAAGACCUUCAGGCACAACUAAAACCUCUUGAACAGGCAAGAGACCAAAUAAGCAGGAAAGCGCAGAAGCGAACCACUUGGGUACUGUGGGGUGGUAUGGCUUACAUGGCAACACAGUUUGGGAUCCUAGCCCGACUUACCUGGUGGGAGUAUUCAUGGGAUAUUAUGGAACCCGUUACCUACUUUAUCACUUACGGAAGUGCCAUGGCCAUGUAUGCAUAUUUUGUUCUGACUCGGCAGGAAUACAUCUACCCCGAUGCUAGGGAUCGACAGUUUUUACUCUUCUUUCACAAAGGAGCCAAAAAGACAAAAUUUGAUAUAGAAAAAUAUAACCAGCUCAAGGAUGCCAUCUCUCAGUUUUUUGUGUUUUUUGAGAUUCUGAGGUUUAUGGCAUCUGGCGCAGCCAGCAGUCAGAGUCUUUUUUCUACUGUUGAUGAAGCAGUUAAUGUAGGCAGUGACAAUGCUGGUAGCAACAGCAAUGGAAAUACCGAGAAUUUACUCAGUUCCCUAGCCAUCCAAAUUCAAUCGAUCAUAGGAAGGCUAGACCAGCUGGAUGAGAAUCAGUGUAUUCUCCGUGAGUCAUUCAAUAUGUCUCAGCCAUCCCAAAUGCGAGAGGGUGGAGGUAACAGCAGUAACUUACAAAAUCAACAGAGAGCUGGCCUGACUUAUUCUACGGUCAGUUUGCUUAAUCUUGCAACUGGGUUAUCUAAUGGUACAAGUGCAACACCAAUUCAGUGA